GAUAGCAAAUAUAAAAUAUAGUAACACAAAAAUAAGAAGAGUUUUAAAAAGGUAUUUGCAGUGAUACACAGUUUUAAAACAAGUGGUAGGAUAUGGAGUUUGGAAAAAGUGAAAGAAAUGGAAGAACAAUUUAGCAAGAAGUUGAAUGAACGAACAGGUAAAUCCAAUAAGUAUAGAAAGAAUGUUGGAAAAGAGAUAAAUAAAAUGUUAGAUGAGGGAAUCAUUAAAAGAAGAAACGCACAGUAUGUGAGUCCGAGAGUAGUUGUACAGAAGCCAAAUAAGGUUCGGUGACCAAAGAGGAUAGAUACCUCAAGACAAGGAGCAUACAUCAACAAAGAGGCUAAUAAAGAGGAUACUUCAACAAAGGGGAUACCACAAUAAAGAGGCCAACAAAGAGGAUAGAUACCUAGAAAUGAAGAGACCAACAAAUAGGUAAAGCGGUUAUAACAAGGAUAGAAU